AUGAUACCAGACUGGUGCACAGAUGUUUCCAACCCUCGUGGGGCAGAUUUGAUAGCUGUUGAUAUAGUUUGGCGUGACAGUUUCAAAUUUAUUUUUUGGCUGCCACGAGAAUCCUCACUGAUAGAGUCAGCAACGCCAUUGGCAUUAGCUGCUGAGCAGGGCCAUACAGGGAUAGUGACCCUGCUGCUCGGUCGCGAUGACGUUGACCCUGACUCCGUCGACAGUGAAGGCUGUACGCCGCUCGCGAGGGCUGCAGCUAUGGGACAUGAGAUCAUAGUUCGCCAGCUUCUUGAGCGAUCUAGUGUGAACAUCAACAGCAAAGACAAGGAUGGUUACACGCCUCUGGCAUGGGCGGCGCGGAGAGGCCACACCGAGGCUGUAAGAGCCCUCGUUGAAAGACGAGAGUUAGACAAAAUUUCACGAGAUGACGAUGGUUGGACACCAUACGGGCAUGCAAUAGAUGAAGGACAUGAGGAUGUUGCUAAAUUGCUUAUGGAAUCACUUGGAAACAUGGGCUUUGAAGGUGCUGAUGGCUAUUUCCUUGCCUGUGAGCGGAUGCUCUGA